AUGAAAAUAACAUAUCUUUCUGGCUAUCAGUAUGUUCCUGCAAAUGAAUUAUAUUGGUAUAUAGUUGUUUAAGGUAAAAAUGGUUCUUUAACUGACUAUAUUGGGCCAGAGAUCUACUAUCAUUUUCCAUAUCCUGAAGAUCCAUUCGAACCUGAAAAUUAAACUGAUAACAUAACUAACAACACAAAUAGCACAAAUGGAAACAGUACAACUCCCCCUAAAAUAGAUACUAUUGCAGCCUUCUUUUACGGAAUCAAGCCACCUAGAUUUAUUCAAAAGCUGAGGUCUACAAUAUUUUGCUACACCCAAGAAAUUACUGAUUAUGAACUUCCUCAAAUAAGGUCAUCCUAUAAUUAUAAACCUACAAUAUAUAUUCAAAACCUAAGAUGA